CUUGACUGGGAUACUGAUGGCACCGGGCCCCUCACCCUGCGCUGGCUGCAAGAGCCUCCGCCCUGCUGCCUGGGUGCCCUCAGCCCCGGUGAGGUGUGAUGGCGUCACAGAGGGUGGCACGGAACGGCCAUUGUGACCCACGGGGUGCGGAACAGAGCCAAGGCUGCGGGGCUCAGGCCGAGCUCAGUGCGACUUGGUGAGGUGAGCAGGGAGGAAGGGGCUGCCUGAGGCUGCCCAGGGAGGAGGGUUCCCCAGCGCUCGGGGCCUGAGCUGAGAACUCAGCCUCGUCCCGCUUCUCCCCUAGGUUGUCACGCGGAGGAGAAAGCCUGGUUUUGCUGGGACAGACACUCUGCGAGUGCUCGCCGUUGAUGCACAUGAUGUCCGAGGGGACUCAGGAGGCCGCCGGCUCGAGUGAGCCAGCAUGCGUGCUCUGCAGCCGAGUGGAUCAGCACUCGAGCAUCCUUGGGGAAAUGGAAGAGCACCGUGGAUUCUAUUUCCAUAAGUAUUGUGUGAUAUUUAUCAAUGGUCUUUAUGAAGAUGUGGAAGACCACAUUGGCCUAACUUUUUGGAUUAAAGACCUGAUACUCAAAUUGAGACAGGCAGAGCAGACGCUCUGCUUCGUCUGUGGCAAGAGGGGGGCCUUCGUCACCUGUGCAGAGAUGGGCUGUGACCGCAGCUUCCAUCUCCCCUGCGCUUCCAAGGGUGAAUGCGUCACCCAGUACUUUGGAGAGUACAGGUCCUUCUGCAUGGAGCAUUGCCCACAGCAGACAGCGGAAGCAGCACCGGCGCAGGACACGACCUGCAUCAUCUGCAUGGAGCCCGUGGGGGACAGCGUGUCCUACAGCACCAUGCUGUGCCCAGCCUGCCGACACGCCUGGUUCCACCGGGCCUGCAUCCAGGUAGGAGCCCUCCCUCACCCCAUGAGCACGGCAGGUGAUCAGCAGCACCAGGCCUGGCUCACACUCACCUUUCUGUUUCUGCUGCAGGAACAGGCCAUGAGCGCCGGUUGUUAUCAAUUCCGAUGCCCUCACUGCAGAGACAAACACAAGUUUGUUAUGGACAUGCACUCUAUGGGGAUCCGAAUCCCAGUCAGAAGACCAACAUGGGAAGACAACGAUCCCUACGCAUCACUACUGGAGAGGCACGGGAGCUGCGAUGCCAGCAUCUGCCUUUGCCCACAUGGCAGGGAGCAGGCAGAGGAAGAGGGGCCCUGGCAGCUGCUCCUCUGCAGCUCCUGUGCUGCACAAGGCACUCACCGGUGCUGCUCCAACUUGAGUCACAGCACAACCAGCUGGGAGUGCAACGCCUGUGCUGGAGAGGGCACCGCCUCCAGCACCAACUCAGGCCUUCCUGGCUGCAGCACCACCAGCCAGGCACCAUCAGGGCCAGAUAACUUUUCCCCCGGGCCUGAGAGCAGCGGCCUGUCCAGCCAGCACAGGUCAGACCGGAGGAGAAUCCGCCCGCGUGCACAGCAGGAUGAAGAUGAGCCGCGACGACACCGUGGGAGCAGCCGUAAUGCUGCCCUGACUGUUGGGAGCCGCACUCCAAACGCUGCCAGCCAGGAGACAUCAGCGUCCUCGGGGCGCAGACAGGGACAGCGGGCCCGGACAAGGAGCCGCUCUCCAUUGCAGCGCCGGGCCCCAGAUUCUCCAAGCCAGCCCCGAACACGCUGUGGGAGCAGGCAGGCACCAGCCUCAAGCGCUGAGAGCUGCACCCACACAAACUCAAGACGGGGAGCACCGCGGUCCUCAAGGGUUUCCAUGGCAGCUGAAAGAACACAGUCCAGGCAGACACAGCGGGCCAGGACUCGGAGCCGCUCCCCUCUCAAACAUCGGGCUGCAGAGACCAACAGCCAGCCCCAAAGACGCUGCAGGAGCCGGUCCAGGCGGCCAGGGCCAGCCUGGGGACGAAGCCGCUCCCGGGUUCCACGUCGGGCCCAGAACAUCAACCGCCGGCCCCACUGAUGUCAUAGGAGCGGCCGUGUGCCAGCUCCAAUUGUUAUGUAAAGUCACCACAAUCCAUCAAUAAAAGUGACAGUUCCAUCAUGCCACUGUCGGUUUGGUUCUUCUCUGCCUUUCCCGAGGUGGGCAGCUUUAGGGGCUGCAACCACGGGCAUCUCUUCUCCCCAGCACCCAACCCACUCCUUCCUCCCCCCAGCCCGGUUCAG